ACUGAUCAACUUAUCCUUGGCAAGAUUGCCCUAUAUAUUCAGUGAUCGAGCUAUAUUGCGCAGUGUCCGUGCGCAAAGGGUCUGGUAUUUGAGGUCACCGGAUCUUGGUUAGGUCCGCCGACUGAUUACACCACGGUGAAUUUGCAGGCUCCACACAUUGACCGUCAUCACCAUCCCUCAAGAUAUCUCAUCAUGUCCGACACAACAGUCACUCAGCACCCCCCUGCAAUCAGAGUGGGUCGUCGUCGUCUCUCAGUUACCUCGCGCCCGAGGCCUCGUGCCAACUCUGAAGCUGUUCCAAACGUUGGCGCAAAUCAGACCGAAGACACUGAUUAUCCGCGACCGGCAGGCCACAGCGAGGAGGAAGCACACCCUCCUCCACACAAUGAAGAAGAGAUUCCAAAGAAGAGGAAACAUCAUGGACAGGGCAACCACGACGACAACAGGCUUCAAGAGAGCGCUUAUCGCAAGGCAGAAGCUAGUAGGCCCACCAAAGACCAUGUCGGUGGUAAAAGUGGUUAUGGUGGUGGAGGCAGGAUCGCUCAACCUGCGGGAAAGAGCUUCGGAGUUUAGGAAAAGGUCAUGUUUUG